ACGGGAUAUCAGGGAUACCAUUGCAGGAUAAACAAAAGUCGUGAGUCAUGUUUAAAGGAGGACUUUCAUAAAUGUCAGGAUGCUCUUAAUUUAACAGGCACAGAGCCUGCACCGAUUGAGUACUUUUGACCGUGGUUGUAACUGGCUGAAAUUAUGUUCCCACAUAUUUUUAUUUUGUGCGUAAUAUUAUUUGGCACUAUGCAUAUCGCGUCAUCUUUGGAGCUGCAGCUUGGCAUGCCAAAUGUUUGUGCUGACCAGGAAAUGUCCAUGGUAGGGAGCCGUCAACCUUGCGUCCAGGCUUUUACCCGCAUGGUGAAGGUGUGGAAGCAGGGAUGCACAAGCCACAAAUGGUGUAUGGGUGUUGAGAGGAGGACAGCGUACUACACAGUUUACAGGCAAGUGUACAGAGUGGAUUUGCACACAGUCUACAGGUGCUGCCCUGGUUGGAUUCAGAAGGGUGAAGAGAGAGGUUGUCUGCACAGGGUUUGCAGUGCCAAUAUGUGCUUCAAUGGAGGGAGAUGUGCUGAGACUGGAGACCAAAUAUGUCAUUGUCCACUGGGCUUCAAAGGCACGCGAUGUCAAUAUGAUGUUAACGAAUGUGAAGUGGAUGAAGGCGGCUGUGAGGGGUACUGUUGCAACACCAUUGGCAGCUACUACUGCAAGUGCCCUGAAGGCAGUAGGUUGGGGCCAGAUGGCAAGGCCUGCAAUGAUGUAGAUGAAUGUGAGGAGCUCAAUGGAGGAUGCCAGCAGACAUGUGUCAACACACCGGGUUCCCAUCACUGUGAGUGCAGUGAAGGCUUCCGCAUGCACUCAGAUGGUCGAACUUGUAUCGCUGUGAAUUCCUGCUCUGUCUUGAAUGGUGGAUGUGAACACAAGUGUGUGGACACGGGGGACAAUCACUACAAAUGUGAGUGUCGGAAGAACUACCAGCUGAAGAGGGAUGGGAGACACUGUAAAUUGAGGGACCCCUGUGAGGAGAGGAAUGGAGGCUGCAGCCAGAUGUGUACUUCAGAAGAAGGCCGAGUUCACUGCAGCUGCCGACCUGGUUUUGCACUGGCUGGAGAUGCCAAGAACUGUGAAGACAUUGAUGAGUGCAGCUCUGGCCAUGCCAAGUGUUCCCAUGGUUGUGUCAACAUGUUGGGUUCCUUUAGCUGUGUGUGUCAUCCGGGUUUUGAACUCGGUGCUGAUGCUAAACAAUGCUACCGCAUUGAGAUGGAGAUUGUAAACAGCUGCGAGAAGAACAACGGAGGUUGCUCUCAUCAUUGUGAGCAUACCACCAAUGGCCCUCUUUGCUCCUGUAACCAGGGUUACCAGCUUGACCAAGACAGGAAGACCUGUGUAGAUAAUAAUGAGUGUGUGAGUGAGGAGUCCUGCUGCAGCCACUUCUGUAAAAAUUAUCCAGGCGGCUAUGAAUGCAGCUGCUGGCCUGGUUACAGACUAAAUCCAGACGGUUGCAGCUGUGACGACAUUGACGAGUGUCUGGCAGAGAUCUCGGACUGUGAACAAUACUGCAUCAACACUGUGGGAGCGUACGAGUGCUUUUGUCAACAGGGCUUCCGUUUGAAUGAGGACCGGCGCUCUUGCGUGUCUCUUUACGGCAGAGAGCUGGAAGAGGAAGAUGAAGAAGAGGAAGAUGAGGAAGUGCAGCUCGAGGCUGGCAGAUUACCGGACCUGCUGUUCCGCAACGCUCCUCAGCUCCUGCAGUACACGGCAGCCUUGCGCUCCCAUUACGGCAGCGAAGAUGAUGACGACGAUGAUGGUAGUCACCGUGGUGACAGUGAAAAAGUAUUAGAGAUCCUGAGAGAGCGCAGGGGAGAGCUCAGACUGGAAAGUCACAUAGUGUGUCUAGAUGACUCAUUUGGGGAGGACUGCAGUGUAAGCUGUGAAGACUGCGUGCAUGGAGCGUGCAACGUAAACAGAGACCGAUGCGAAUGUUCGCCUGGCUGGACGGGGGUCAUCUGCAACGAGACUUGUCCACGGGGGAGCUACGGACAGGCCUGCAACAGCCUGUGUCGCUGUCAGAAUGGAGGCUCCUGCGACCCUGUGACUGGCAAGUGUUUGUGCCCCCCUGGGGUGCAAGGCUUGCUCUGCGAGGAUGGUUGCCCAAAGGGUUUUUUUGGGAGGCACUGCAGAAGAAAGUGCAACUGUCCCAACAGUGUGCACUGCCAUCGUCUCUAUGGAGGCUGCCUGUGCCCUCCAGGAUUAUAUGGGCGUUUUUGCCACCUGGCUUGUCCCAGGUGGACGCACGGAGCGGGCUGUUCCAAGGAGUGCGACUGUGUUCAAGAACAUUCCACCGCCUGUGACCCCAAAACGGGAAGCUGUUUCUGCAAGGCUGCGUAUCACGGCCCACGAUGUGAACAAGAAUGCGAUCCAGGCUUUUUCGGGCCCGGCUGUGAGCAGCCAUGUGACUGUCCAGGUGGAGGGUCAUGUGACCCCAAGACUGGAGAGUGCAGCCAGCAAUGUCCUGCAGGGCUUCACGGACAUAACUGUCAACUGGCCUGCCAAGCUGGAAGCUAUGGAGAGAACUGUCUUCUGACCUGUGAUUGCAGUGGAGCUCCUUGUGAUCCCAUAACUGGACAAUGCAUCUGUCCUGAUGGAAAGAUGGGACACUCGUGUCAGGAAGACUGCCCUGAUGGAUUCUGGGGGUCAAAGUGCCAGUCUUCUUGUCCUGAGUGUCAGAACAGAGGCUCGUGCAACAAGCAGACCGGUACAUGUGAGUGUGAGCCAGGAUUCAUGGGACAGCUCUGCCAAAACAGGUGUCCUGCUGGGUACCAUGGACCAGGCUGUCUAACACCUUGCUCUUGCCACCCUGAUGCCAGUUGUGACCCACAGACUGGGAAAUGCAUUUGCCCUCCUGGAAAAAGAGGCCACGAUUGUGCAACAUUAUGUGAUCCUGGUUUCUGGGGACAAGGGUGCACCAGUUCUUGUCAGUGCCACGAACAGUCUCUGGGCUGUGACCCAGUCAGUGGUCAGUGUGCGUGUGAGGCCGGCUACACAGGAGACCGAUGUGAAAAGAAGUGUAUGAAUGGCACUUAUGGUCGGGGCUGUGCCCAGCUGUGCCAGUGUGAGAAUGGAGCCCUCUGUGACCAUGUGAGCGGAGCCUGUACAUGCUCUCCUGGAUAUACGGGCACCUUCUGUGAGAAAAUGUGCCCGGACGGCUUUUACGGUCUUGACUGUGGCCAGAUGUGCGAGUGCAGGAACGGUGCCCGUUGCCACCACAUCACAGGAGCCUGCCUGUGCACCGCCGGCUGGGCAGGACCACACUGCAUUCUGGAAUGCCCAGAGGGUCAGUUUGGAGAGCAAUGCAGUCAGACCUGUGAGUGUCAGAACGGAGGCCAGUGUAACCAUGUGACUGGGAGAUGCAGCUGCACAGCUGGGUGGACCGGAGAUAGGUGCCAACUGCCCUGUCCUGCAGGACGAUAUGGAGAGCACUGUUCAAGUCAAUGUCUGUGUCAAAAUGGAGGGACUUGUAACAGGAUCAGUGGCCGGUGCUCCUGCCCACUGGGAUGGACUGGAGCAGCUUGUGAACUGGAGUGUGAAGAAGGACGUUAUGGAAAGAACUGCACCGAGGUCUGCCGCUGUAUGAAUGGAGGGAGAUGCGACAGAGUGACAGGAAAAUGUGUGUGUCUCCAUGGUUGGACAGGAGACCUCUGCCAGUCAGCCUGUUCUAAGGGAUUCUUCGGGGAGGGUUGUGAGCAGAGGUGUGACUGUGCCCAUAGUUCGAGUUGCCACCAUGUGACAGGCCGCUGUGAGUGCGUGCCAGGCUGGAGAGGAGCCAGGUGUGACAAAUCCUGCCUCCCGGGGUUCUACGGUGCUUCCUGUGCCCAGCGGUGUCAGUGCCAGGCUGGAGUGUCCUGUCACCAUGAGACGGGGAGCUGUGGCUGCCCAGCUGGACUCACAGGGGCUGGCUGCGAGAAAACCUGCCCUGCUGGAGUGUUCGGACAAAACUGCACCAAGUUGUGCCAGUGUUCAGGAGACCAAGAGCAGUGCCAUCCGGUGACGGGGAAAUGUAGCUGCUUGCCCGGUUAUUAUGGGCCGCGAUGUGGGCUAAGAUGUAGAGCGGGGACUUUUGGGCCGAACUGCAAGUCCAGGUGCAGCUGCAUCAAUGGUGGUCGCUGUGACUUCAGGACUGGUUCCUGCUACUGUCCUCCUGGCUUCAUAGGCAGCGACUGCAGCUCAAGUUGUCCAAGUGGAUACUAUGGGAAAGACUGUGCUAAGAUGUGCACGUGUGGGGAAGGAGGACAGUGUCACCCAGUAACCGGGAGGUGUAUCUGUGGCCCUGGUAGGAUGGGAUUGUCCUGCGAGCAAGUGUGUCCCAGGGGGCGCUAUGGCAUGCAGUGCAGAAACGCUUGCAGCUGUCGGAACGGGGCUUUGUGUGACCCCAGUGAUGGGUCCUGCAAGUGCGGCCUCGGCUGGACUGGACCCCGCUGUGAGACAGCCUGUCCACAGGGUAAAUAUGGGCUUGAUUGUGCACAAGACUGUCCAUGCCUUAACAAUGGGACCUGCGACCGCUUCACUGGCAGCUGCAGCUGUACUGCAGGAUACUACGGCCACUCCUGUCAACACACGUGCCCAUCUGGGUUUUUUGGAGUGAAUUGCGCACACACCUGCGUUUGUAAGGUGCUGCAAGCGUGCGAUCCUGUGACAGGCAAAUGUGCGUGUCCACCGGGCUACCAUGGCUCACAGUGCCAAAGACGAUGUGAGGCUGGCAGCUUUGGACCGAACUGUGAAAGAUCAUGUGACUGUGCUGGCGAGGCCCCAUGUGACCCAUCCACAGGACGCUGUCUCUGUCCCCCAGGAAGAACGGGGCACAGAUGUGAAAAAACCUGUGACGAAGACCGUUUUGGCCCUGAGUGCUCCCUGCUGUGUCGCUGUUCUGACAGGGCCCGCUGUGAUAGGGUGAAUGGACGUUGCCUGUGCCCGCUCACCUGGCUUGACCCUUCAUGUAGUGAAGCACCGCUCCACCAAACCCCGGGAGUGCUGAACUUCUCUGUGUCCCAACGAAAGAGAAGAACAGGCAGCAAAACCACAUAACCCAAGCAGAGGUACAAACAUCUGACUGGGUGUUCAAACACAGGACUUGGCUCAGUGAAGCAUUACUCAGAUCAUCUCGGUAAAGGUAAUGCUGGUGUUAAUAUGUUCGCUCAAACUUGUAGUCGGCUGUCAGAAACUGGCACUCAAUCACCAAAUCCCAAGCUCGGGGGCGAUCAACUAGUGGACCUGGCAUGUGAGAGGCCUUCAAAGGAGCAUGAACUCAAACGUACCCAGUCAAUCUAAAAUUAAAAGUUCAGAGUUACACAAGCUCCUUAGCAAUACGCGCACACACACACACACACAC